AUGUUCUUAGUUGCAAUAUUUUUGUUUGUGUUGCAAUACAACAAUUUGGUGGAAGCACAAUGGGCUGCGUUUCAAAAUUUAUUUGAUAAUCCUGAAGAACGUAUAAGGGAUACAAAAGAAUUUGACCAAGAAUAUGAUUUUAUAAUAAUUGGUGGCGGUUCCGGAGGUUCUGUUAUGGCCAACCGCUUAUCCGAAGUUAGCCAAUGGAAGGUUUUAUUAUUGGAAGCUGGUGGCGACGAAACUUUUUUGACCGAUGUGCCACUUUUGGCAGCCUUGAGUCAAGUGGGGAGUUUGAAUUGGGGAUAUAAAGCGGAGAAGAUGGAUGGAGCUUGUUUAGGACUGGAAGGUGGUGUUUGUAAUCAACCACGUGGAAAAGUUUUAGGAGGAUCCAGUGUAAUAAAUUUUAUGAUUUACCAGCGUGGACAUCCUAAAGAUUACAACGACUGGUCUAGGUCCGAUAAUCCUGGUUGGAAUUUUACCGAGGUGUUGCCGUAUUUUAUGAAAUCUGAAGACAACCAGGUAAAUCCUAUCUGGAUUGACCAGAAGUAUCACAGAAAACAAGGCCCUUUGACUGUGACCAAUGUUCCACACGAUCGUAGACUUGUGGAUUGUUUUUUGAAAGCUGGUCUUGAGUUAGGUUAUAAAAAUUUGGAUUACAAUACCAAUCAUGUCAUAGGAUUUGCACCAGCGCAAGCAAAUCUGCGUUCUGGUAGACGCUGCAGUGCAGCCAAAGCUUUUUUACGUUCAAUAAAACACCGUAAGAAUUUAAACAUAGCUCUAAAAGCUAGAGUUACCAGAAUAAUUAUAGAGGGACGCCAAGCACGAGGCGUCGAGUUCUAUAAAGAUGGGCAAAAACAUAAAGUCUUAGCAACCAAAGAAGUAGUAUUGGCCGCUGGUUCUAUAAACUCGCCGCACUUACUUAUGUUGGCUGGAAUUGGACCUAAGGAGCAUUUGGAAGAACUUGGAAUUCAAGUAAUACAAAAUUUGAGGGUUGGUUACAAUAUGCAGGAUCACAUGUCUUUUCCUGGUUUGGCUUUUCGCGUCAAUGAUACUAUCAGUAUUGUAGAACGUCGCCUUCAAUUCAACCUACCAGCUAUGUUUGACUAUUUAAUACGCGGUAGAGGCCCUUUUACAGUUCCAGGAGGUGCAUUAGGCCUUGCUUUUCAUAAAACGAAAUUCGCAGAAAACUUAAUUGAUGAUAGGCCUGACAUGGAACUUGUGUUGGGUGGUGGAGCAAUAAGUGGUGAUUUUUCAGGGACUCUGAGAAACCUUCUUGGUAUUACUGAUGCAUUUUAUAGAAAACUUUACAAAGGUAUGAUGGACCAAGAUGCAUUUAGCAUCGUGCCUGUACUGCUGUUGCCAAGAAGUAAAGGUCGUGUUUUGCUGAAAAGUCGUAACCCGUUUCACUGGCCUAUUAUACAACCAAAUUAUUUCAACGACACGCGGGAUUUAAAUGCAUUGAGAGAAGGAAUUAAAAUGGCUGUAAAAGUAGCGAGAACUACAGCAUUUUCUAAAUAUAACACCACCCUAAAUCCUACACCGUAUCCCGGUUGUGAAAAUAUGACCAUCGAAUCUGAUGAGUACUGGGAAUGCGCCAUUCGGCAAGUCGGGAGCACCUUGCAUCACCAGGUUGGUACAUGUAAGAUGGGUCCAGCAAGCGACCCAACAGCCGUAGUGGACCCUAGACUUAGGGUACAUGGUUUGCAUGCUCUACGAGUUGUGGAUGCAUCAAUUAUGCCAACAAUUCCGGCUGCUCAUACCAACGCUGUUGUUUACAUGAUCGCCGAAAAAGCAGCCGAUAUGGUCAAAGAAGAUUGGUUGGAAAACGACCAAAAUCAUUAA